UCUGCGGUGAAGUUAAUUGAUUUUGUGUUGGAAUUGUGACGGGGAAAUUUUCAUUUUUUUUUUAUGGAAAAAAAUGUAAUAGAUGCAGUCAAGCGCAAACAAAACAUUACAACAACAAUACAGAAACAUAAUACUGUAUCGAUUCUUUUUAAAGAACUAUAAUAGAAAGGUAACGCAGUUAUAGAGCACUGCCACGCCUACAAAAGAAUGGCUGCGACUGCUGCCGUUUAUAACCGCCUCCAUAAUUCGAGUUUAGGAGGUGGUAUGGGGCAUCAUUCGCAGCUGGCGCGUUCACUUGAGCGCAUCUUGGAGGAGGCACAUCUUAGCGGAGAAUUGAUAUUGACUAAUCGCAAACUGAAAGACUUUCCGAAGACAGGAACCAAAUUUAGUUUGGCAGAUACGGUAAUUGCAGAUUUAUCACGUAACCGUUUUUGUGAAUUACCAGAAGAAAUCACCACAUUUUCAUUUCUGGAAACGUUACUGUUGUAUCACAAUAGCAUACGCAGCAUUCCAGAGUCUGUUAAACACUUAACAUCGCUUACGUAUUUAGAUUUACGUAGUAAUCAGCUUUCGGUGCUGCCACGUGAAAUAUGCUUUCUACCACUACAUGUGCUACUGGUAUCGAACAAUCGUUUGACUUCAUUGCCGGAUGAACUAGGACGUAUGGAACGUUUGACUGAUUUAGAUGCAUCAUACAAUCAGCUAUCGGCACUGCCAGCACGGAUUGGUGAAUUAUAUUCAUUACGUUCCUUUUCGCUACGCUGUAAUCAGCUGAUGUAUUUGCCCAGAGAAUUGACAUGUCUCACUUUGGUUUCAUUGGAUGUGAGUAACAAUCGCAUUGCUAGUCUACCUCUAGAAAUUCGUCAAAUGUUAACAUUGGUCGAGUUUAAUUUAGAAAAUAAUCCACUCACUUCACCGCCUGCAAGUCUUUGCGUUCGUGGUCUAGUGCAUGUCUUUAAAUUUCUGGAUACUCAAGCGGCCAAAGAAGAGAAGGGAUCACGUGCUGGUGGUAAUUAUGAUGGAUACACCACGUUGCGACGUGUACCCCGUCAUAAUUCUAGUGGAAAUGUUUUGGAAAUAAAUCGAGUGCCACGUCAUCAAGUUGAUUCUGGUUAUAGCACCUGUGAUGGUAUUGAUAAGCGUUGGUCCCAUGAUCUUCCAAGUGCCAAAACCAAGAGUACUUUAUCACCUGCACGGAAAACGCCUACAACGUCACCUUUAUCGCUAAGCGCUGAAUUAUUAGAUGUAUCAUCAACUUCCAGCACCAGUACAAUUGUUGAUGAAUCUAUAACUGUAUCACUAAGUGCAGCUAUGGUGAAAUCCUUAAAUGCUGAACUACAUGGUGAUACUUCACCCUUUAAACGACUUGAAGAGCAAAAUGUACAACAUUCACCUAUAAUCUUGCACCAGCAUAUAAAUUAUGCACAUUCAAGUUCCAGUAAUGGGUCAUCGCCGGAGCAAGAAGAGUUGAUGCUUAACCAACAGCAGAGCCAAAAUACUCAAAAUGCCAAAUCAGAUGAAAAGUCGAGCACAUCUUUGGGUAAUAUACAAACGUACAGGGAAUAUAAGGAAGCUUUAAAGCAACAACGAAAUCAAGAUAUAUCAAGGGUUUACAAUGUAAAAGGACAAAAAACAUUGUAUGAUAUGAGUGAAGCAACGAAUGCGCUUAACUCAAAUAAUGUGACACAGUCUGAGGAGUUGGAUGUGCGUUGUAAUGGGAGCGUACACAAUACCCAGAUAAUGCCAAAGUCCAUCAUGAAAAAUGGUACAAAUAGUAAUAAUUGUACAAAUAUGACAAAUGGCAUAAACGGUACCUUAAACGGCAUUGGAGAUGACAGUCUUGUUAUACCAAAGAAACCUAUCCAAAAAGUAAUACCAUCGCGUAAUACGGAAAUAAUGUCGUCGCAGGCGGCGAAAUUAAACGAUUUAGAUAAAUCAUUUUCACAUACAAAUGGCGAUUAUAUAGGAUACGUAAAACCAAAUAGUCCAAUGAAAAUACCAAAUAGCAGCAAUAAUGUAGGUGGAAAUGGCGGAGGCAUAUUAACAAAUAAUAACAAAUUUAACGCAGUGGGUACCAUUAAGUCACCAGUUAGCAGUACAACCAAAUUGGGCACAACAAAAACGCAUCGCACCGUAACAUGGAAUCAUGAUAUACCGCCCGAAAAGUUGAGCUUUACAAUGCGACGUGAAUUCGAUCGCCAAAGGGAAGAGACUGAAUUAAUGACACAAUUACGUAGUAUUAUUGAAACACGUCUUAAAAUGACACUUCCGGAGGACAUUGCCUCAGCUUUAACUGAUGGUGUUAUACUUUGCCAUUUGGCAAAUUAUGUGCGUCCACGUUCAGUUGCAAGUAUUCAUGUGCCAUCACCAGGAGUAUCAAAACUUACUAUGGCCCGGUGCCGUAGGAAUGUUGACAACUUUCUGGAAGCUUGUCGCAAGAUAGGAGUUGACGAGGAGUUGAUUUGCUCCUGUGCAGAUGUUGUGCCUAUUUCGGAGAAUGAACUUAACUUUUGCAAUAGCAACAAUAAUAAUGAAGAGAACAAACAACAAAAUGAACAACAAUCAUUGCAAGUCGAUAACGAAAACCGCAAAAUAUUGCCAAAUCCUUCCGCUGUUUUAAAAACAGUUUCUGCCUUAAUUGCUAUGGAUUCCAAUCCGCAUCAUCAGAACAUACGUAAUUUACAACAACAGCAAGAACUGCAAAUUAAAUUGCAGCAGCAACAGCAACAGCAAAAACAAAAAGGAGUGCAACGUGAAAAAGUGCAACAACUAAUGCAACAGACGCACCACCAAGGUUGUGUUGACUAUGAAAGCCGGUACGAGUUUUUGCAUGGAGAAGCCGAUGACAUUUAUAAUGCAGAUACAAGACAAUAUCAACAUCACCAGCAGGAGCAAGAGCAACAACACUUAACUGCAACCUGCACCAAAGAACAGAUGCAGCAACAAGCUAAAUUUUUUGCCAAUAUGGAAUUGAAAAAUUCUACUCUUAAUUUGAAUGUGAAUUGUCAGUUUGAAAAUUAUUUGAACGGUACAAAUCCAAAUGCUAAUGCUGCUGACUACGGCAACAAUUAUAAUAAUGUAAAUAAUUGGGUUGGAAAUACACAAAAGUACAAAAGUGAUAACAACGAUAGUAGCGCUGAUAAUUCUGAUAAUGUUGUUGGGGUAGAGACACAACAACUAUUGCAAGAGCAAUCAGUACAAGGUAUUGCAGCGGUGAGCAACUGUUUUCGUCACGCCAAAUUGAAAACAUUCCAAAAAAUCAAAUUAAAUUUAUUGACAUCUCAUGGUAAUUCUAACAGUAACAACCUCAAUCAGUGCAAUGAUAAUAAUAAUCAUUGUGCUGAGUUGCAAACUAUUGUUGAAACAGAUAAUGAUGGUGCAAACAGUACAGGUGUUUAUCAAUUGAUAAAUGAAAAACUCAAGACUGAUAAACUUUCACCAAUGAAAUUAAAUGAUCUUAGCAAAAAAGAUAUGACAUUGUUGUUAAAAACAUCACCAACCACAACUACAACAACAACAACAACGACAACAGCUGUUGUAACACCACAUUCUGUUAACAAAUAUAAGUUAUUAGAGCUGCCUCAGAUGAGAAAAGAGACGACUAACAAUGAGAUUAAAGGAAGUGUGCUAAAACGUAUAGAAUUCUUUGAACACUCAACAUUCAAUAUAACAAAUAGCACACCCAAUGCAGAUGUGUCAAUACUUAAGCCUAAAGUGCCUAAAAAUAAUAUAUUUAGUAUAUAUCGUGUUGCAGAUGUUGUUGUUAAUCCUGCUGCCAAUGAUGAACAUAAACCAAACACAAAGGAAAAUGAGAAAUCAGAAAUAAAGGCAGAAUCAUUGUUGCUGAAACACGAUUCACAUAUUCUAACUAUUUUGUUAUCAUGUGUUUUCAUAAUAACAUUUCUAUUGCUGGUAUUCUUCCCAUUGCCAGGAUAGUGUUACAAUAUUUAUAUCAAAUGCUGCUAUUUCUAAAUACAGGAUAAAGGAUAUCACUGCUACUGCUACUGCUAAAAGCAAGCGAAAGCUUAAAGCUAUGAAUAAGAUUAUUUAAUAUUUUCUUUAGUCUUUAAUCUUUAAUUUUA